UUACGGGGUCCCCCAAACUGUCAUGGCGUCCUAGGAAGAUGGCGACUGCCAUACAACAGGCUUUCCUGGAGUAUCUAAUAAUUUAAAUUCAAGGCAUUGGAGACAUAGCUAGUGACAGAGGGCAAAGAGAACGGUGGACUGACUGCCAGGGGCCAGCGAUUUUUAGGCCAUCAAUCACCCCCACAGAGCUGAUAAAAUGGAGUGUGCAGUUGACACACAGCCAGGCGGGGACGAGGCUGCAGAGCAAGAACACACUCUGGAGGAAACAUCUGCAAAGGAAGGAAGUGAGACACCGCAGAAGAAGAACAAGAAGCACAAAAAACACAAGAGCAAGAAGAAGAAGAAGAAACGUGGCAAGGGAGAGAGAGAGACGAGCUCAGAGUCGGCCCCAGAGUCCGACGUAGAAAAGCAGCCAAUCAGAACCAGAGCAGGCUUGAGGAGUGCUGGCCCAGUGGCCUCCGAUACAGGAGUAGACACGAAAGAGGAGGCAACAAAGGACUUGAUCACAGCUAUACCUGAGGUAGAAGGUGACAUUAAAGCCAGAAAACACAAAAGACAUGCUGGGAAAAAGAAGAGAAAAAGGAGGAGAAAAGGGGAAGAAAAGCAGGAGAAGAACUCUUCUUCACACUCCCUAUCAGAGAGCGAAUCUAUGUCAGGAACAGAUUCUGAGUCUGAGGGGAAGCCAGCUGGCAUGGUAGUGCAGGCUGUUCCCAUGCAGUCUAAGGCCAGGCAAGAGGAGCGAGUUCCCUCCCUAUGCAUCACUUUGGCCCAAAAAGAGGAAUCUCUGAAAGUGAUGCGUCAACCCUCAGAUAAUGAGUCUGCGGAUGCAGGAGGAAAGACAGAAGAGAAGGUUUCCCCUGCUAACAGGGAGAACCAAACCAUCUCUGUCACAAAGCCGGAAGAUCCACGGAGCGACGGGAGCUUCAGCCACACCCAGGAGCUUCCUGACAUCAUCCCCAAGCAGGAUGGCCAGAAGGAGGAAACCAACCCAGAGCAGAGGUCAAAGGUGAAGAACCAGGCUCCCUCCAGGUCAAGGUCAGGGUCGCUGACAGACACUAAGAUGGCUAGAUCAAGUCUUAGUCGUUCGCCAAGCCCUAAGCGGUCCAGAUCAAGUCGCAGUCGUUCACAAAGCCCCGCGGGAUUGUCUAGUCAGCCUGUGUCUGGCAGAGGCAGGUCUCGAUCUGGCUCAAAAAGCAUGACUCCCAAGAGGAAGCAGUCCAAGUCCCCCAAAAGGACAACACGCAAGUCCCCAUCUCUGUCCCCCAGGACAAGACGCAAGUCCCCAUCUCUGUCCCCCAGGAGAGGACGCAAGUCCCCAUCUCUGUCCCCCAGGAGAGGACGCAAGUCCCCAUCUCUGUCCCCCAGGAGAGGACGCAAGUCCCCAUCUCUGUCCCCCAGGAGAGGACGCAAGUCCCCAUCUCUGUCCCCCAGGAGAGGACGCAAGUCCCCAUCUCUGUCCCCCAGGAGAGGACGCAUGUCUCCCAAGAGGGGACGCAAGUCCCCUUCUCUGUCCCCUAAGAGACGACGUAUGUCUCCUCUGUCCCCCAGGAGAGGACACAAGUCAUCUCCUCUGUCACCCUGGAGAGGACGCAAGUCUCCUUCUCUGUCCCCUAGACGAGGGCGCAAGUCGUCUCCUCUGUCCCCUAGACGGGGGCGCAAGUUGUCUCCUCUGUCCCCUAGACGAGGGCGCAAGUCGUCUCCUCUGUCCCCUAGACGAGGGCGCAAGUUGUCUCCUCUGUCCCCUAGACGAGGGCGCAAGUUGUCUCCUCUGUCCCCUAGACGAGGGCGCAAGAUGUCUCCUCUGUCCCCUAGACGAGGGCGCAAGAUGUCUCCUCUGUCCCCUAGGAGAGGGCGCAAGUUGUCCCCUUCUCUGUCCCCUAGGAGAGGGCGCAAGUUGUCCCCUUCUCUGUCCCCUAGGAGAGGGCGCAAGUCCUCUCCUUUGUCCCCUAGAAGAGGACGCAAGUCUCUGUCUAAAUCCCCUAGGAGAGGACGCAAACUGUCUCCAUCUCCCAGACGAGGGCGGCGGUCUGAGUCCAGGUCACAUGGCUGUGUCAGAAGGUCGAGGACCAGAACCCCCCCCCCUCGUCGAGGUAGACGUCCGUGGUCCCGCUCGCCUGUGAGGCAGACUCGCCGUUCACGCUCCAGAUCUAGACGGCUCCAUCGCUCCCGGUCAAUGAGGAGAGGACGGCAUUCCCAGAGCAGCUCCCCGUCUCGCAGAAAGAGGUCCCCCCCAAGGACACGACGGUCCCGGUCUCCGGUCAGGAGAGGUAGGCGGACUCGUUCCCGCUCCGUCGUGAUCCUGAAGAGGAACAGGAAAGGUUCAAGGUCCAAAUCCCCACGGGGCAAGGACAACAAGUCCCGCUCCCGGAGCCGCAGGAUAUCCAGGUCACCAGUUAAGAAAAUAUGUUCUAGAUCACCGAAGCGGAGCAGGACAAAGUCCAGAUCCCCAGGACGCAGUAAACCAUCAACAUCACGAUCACUAUCGCCGCGUAACCAGUCCAAGUCUCAUACUCCUAAAUCCAAAUCCCAGAAAAUAAACAAGCGUUCAAUGUCAAAAUCACCCACCAGCGACAAAUCCAAGUCUGUCUCAAGCGACAGGCAAUCUGAGAGCGUAUCCCCAGAACGCUCAAGAUCCAGGUCUACUGCCAAGGACCUAAAGUCUCCAAAAAUGGCUGACAAGCAUACUGCAGACACGACUGUGAAUAAUGAAGCGUCUACUAAGCCUGUUGGGGAAGCUGUAGCUGCAGCAGAGCCCUGGAAGCCCCUCGCUUUGGCUGCUGCCUCCAGAUCUACCACACAGGGCAAGCCAAUGGCUGGGCAUGCUGAAGAGAGCACCUCUGAGAUUCCAUCUGAAGACCAUGACUCUGCAGAAGAAGAGCCAAAGGUGGCAAGAAGCCCAACAAGCUCCUCUGAAGAAGAACCGGAUGAGCAUGCUACGUCCAGGUCUGUUUCACCAGAGACUGUUCCUGCUGAUCGCCGCUCCAGGUCCUCACCUUCUAAAUCUCCCAUUAAGAAGACAUUUUCAAAACAACGGCAGUCCUCAACUUCAGCGUCUCCUAGUAGGAAGUCCCGAUCACCUGCUGGUAGGAAGAUGUCCACCUCUCCCUCAUGGAGGUGCUCCCGGUCCAAGUCCAUCUCUCCCUCUCAGUCCAAGUCUGCCUCCAGAAGGAGACGUUCCAAGUCCCCAGCCAGGAAAAGGAAGUCUGUCUCCCCGCCUACCAGACGGAAGAAGAGGUCUAAGUCCAGAAGUCCGGCCCGGCGCAGGAGAUCACGGUCUAAGUCACCGGUACGUCGCAGGAAGUCACGUUCCAAGUCCAGAGUCAGGACCAAACGCUCUAAGUCCCGCUCCCCAGCCAGAAGGAAGAGGUCCAAGUCUGCAGACAGGAGCAAACGCUCCAAGUCUCGUUCUCCAGGCCGGAGGAGAAGGUCCCGCUCCGGGUCGCGGCGGCGUCGGCCCGUCAUGCGGAAUCGCUCGUUUGACCGACGCGACCGAUGGAAACGGGAACCAAGCCACUCUCCAAUCCUCAUCCUCCGCAAGCGCCGUUCCACAUCUCGAGGCCGCCGCAGUGCCAGCAAGACCCCUCCUCGUCUCACUGAGCUGGACAAAGACCAGCUCCUGGAGAUAGCGAAGGCCAAUGCAGCAGCCAUGUGUGCUAAAGCAGGUGUGCCCAUCCCAGAGAGUCUGAGACCCAAGGCCAUCCUCCAGCUGCCCCUGCCCAACCCAGCCCCAACUCCCCUGAAUCUGCCUCUUCCCCUGCCGUUGCCUCUCAACAUGCCCGGCAUGGGCAUGCCCAAUAUGCCCAACAUGAACAUGCACAUGCCCAACAUGCACAUGCCCAACAUGCACAUGCCCAACAUGCACAUGCCCAACAUGCACAUGUCCAACAUGCCCAACAUGAACAUGCCCAACAUGAACAUGCCCAACAUGAACAUGCCCAACAUGAAUAUGAGUAUGCCCAAUAUGAAUAUGCCUAAUAUGGGCAAUAUGUCCAAUAUGGCCAUGAGUGCUGCCAUGGCCAGUAUGACAGCUGCCACCAUGACUGCAGCCCUCACCAACAUGGCCCAGAUGUCAAACAUGCCCCAGAUGGCCCCCCUCCCCACUAUCACCAACAAGCCCCAGAUGGCCCCCCUCCCCACCAUCACCAACAAGCCCCCUCCUAGCCAGGUUCCCCAAACAACCCUUCCCCCUCUUAACCUGGACCACAUAGAGGAAGUGAAGAGGAAGGUGACUCAGCAGGCCAACAUAUACAGCAUCAAGGAGCUCACUGAGAAAUGUAAGAUGAUAGCGGCGAGUAAAGAGGAGAUGGCCAUAGCGAAGCCACACGUGUCUGAUGACGAAGAUGAGGACAGGAAGCCACGCGGCAAGAGCUUCCUCAGUUAACUUUUAUUUGGGGCGGAUCACAUGAGGCGAAAGGCUCCCCAUGGAAACAUCACCGGGCGGACAGGAGUGCGGGUUGUUGUGGUUACAGAGAAGGAACAGUGUCAGAUACUGCCAGCCCCUUUUCCCUGGACAAUCAUUCCCUCCCCCAGCCCCUCCCAUCAUGCUCUAGUUGUCUGGGUUUCCACAUGCUUCCAAAGCCACGGUUGGAUUCCAAAGCUACAAAGUAAAAAUUGGCUACAAAAAUGAGCUUUUUGGUCUUCAUUUAGGAUUAGGCAUAAAGUUAGGAGUAUGUUUCAAAUCAAAUUUGAAGAAGAAAUUGUACAAAUGCGUGGGGUUUAGCCAUAAUUAUGACUUCGUGGCUAUGGAAGCUAGUGACGACCCAUUGGACAGAUUGGAGUGUACAGUGUGGUUACUCCUAGCUUCUGCACAUUGGUCAGACCGCUGUCUGGACAAUGACUGAAGAUAAAUGAAAGAAGGAACACACUUUCAAAUUUUGUCGACUCUUUCUAAUGUUAAACUUUUUGUGUUUAGUUUUUGUGUUCAGUGAUUAAAUUACCAGCUCACGGUUCCUUUAGUGACAUUUUAACCUGUGAGUGAACUGCUAGGACUGCCCUCGGUGCGCGCACCCACAGAUGUCAGUAAUAUGAUGGUCAGCUGUUUUUGUAGUGAUGGGCAGACUGACCAGGUGUCUCCAUUGAGAAGACAAACUGAUCAGGGCUUUGGAGGAUCCACUCUUAAUGUUUUGUCACUUCUAGUAUUUCUCUAUGGUGUUUUUCUGUUAAAUACCUGAUGUAAUCUUUAGCUAUUUUAAUGACUUAAAAUACAUUUUAGGAUUUCCUUGGUCAGUAGGGUAUUAUUUGGCUGGCUUUGUACAUAAUGUAUUGAUGAUUAUUAAAGGAAACCAGAAAAUUA